UGUGUGUGUCCUCUUCUUCAGCUGGAGUUGAAAGUUAAAGCGUCAGUCGUUCGUCAUGACGGUCUGACAUCGAUGAAGGGAUUUUACACAGGGAAUUAAGGGGAAACGGCACUUUAGACUGGUGUAAAUAUGGCACAUCGUUCCCAGUGCUCCUCUGCCGGGGACAAUCCCCUGGACCCCAACUACCUGCCCCCUCAUUACCGUGAGGAAUACCGAAUGGCAAUUGAUGCCCUGGUUGAAGUUGACCUGGAGGGUUACUAUGGGUUUCUUCAGAAAGCAGAUGUGGUUGAUUUCUUAUCCUGUUCAGAGAUUGAGUAUAUCAAAUGCAUGGUUCAGGCUCCACAUCAUAUUGCCCAACCAGAGAGGCGAUGCAUGGCUGAAGAUGUAGAUGGCUCUUCUGAUACUUACUGGCCAGUACAUUCAGACCAUGAUGCUCCCAGCCUGGACCUAGGCUGGCCGCAGCAAUUCAGAUUUAUUGGACCCACUGAGGUCACUACAUUGGUGAACCCGCCUGACCCCGAGAUGCCCAGUAUCAAGGAGCAAGUCCGCAGAAUGAUCAAGAAUGCAAAACAAGUUAUCGCUGUGGUAAUGGAUAUGUUUACAGAUGUUGAUAUCUUUGCUGAUAUCCUUGGUGCAGCGAAACGUGGUGUAGCUGUUUAUGUUCUUCUUGAUGAAAUGAAUGCUCACCAUUUUGUUGCAAUGGUCAACAACUGUAGGGUGAAUCUGGAUGAAAUAAAAUUCAUGCGGGUAAGAACUGUAUCUGGUAGUACCUAUCACUGCCGAACAGGAAAGACCUUUAAGGGUCAGAUGAUGGAUCGCUUUAUACUGGUAGACUGCAGAGCUGUUUUAAGUGGCAACUAUAGCUUUAUGUGGUCUUUUGAGAAGAUACAUCGCUGUCUUGCUCAUCUCUUUUUGGGACAGCUUGUAACCACCUUUGAUGAAGAGUUUCGGAUUCUCUUUGCCCAUUCAGAGCCACUGGUUGUUGAAAAUGUUUUGGCAAAUAUGCAGCACUCUAGUGGAGAACCUGAAAGCUACUACAACACAGAAAAGACCCACAUGUUAAACAGAGAAUAUCCAACCAUGGGCAUGGAAUUGGCUGGCCAUACUACAGAAGAUAGUUUGGGUUACAAAAUGUUACCUUUUAGGAGUGAAUCCAUCCACAGUGCAGCAGAAGCAAAUCCCUCUAUUCAGAGGAACAUGAACCUGCAUGCUGCCCAGCAAUAUAGAGGGGACCAUCAAUUUAUAGAGCACGGAAGGCAAAUGAGAGGACCAAAUGAAACGGUUGGCUCCAAAGGACAUAGCUCUGAAAAUAUUCCUGAUUAUGAAUAUAUUCCCCCUGAAAACCAUCUAACAAUAAGAGGAAGGCAGUACAUGGAGGGAGCAAUUCCCCAUGGUGGUCACUUUGCACAGGAACCACGUAUUCACAAGGGAGCUGGAUUACAAUCUGGUUAUGACAUGUAUGGAAGGUGUAGAGGCCAAGGCCAACACAUUGAUCAGUUUUCAGGGCCUGCCUACCCUCAUGAGGUAGAUAAGGAUGAACCACCUGGAGCUUAUGACCAUAUUCAAAGAUACCUGCAGUCUCAACCUGCUAUGGAGGAAGGACAUGAUCCAAUAAAUUUAAUACCACCUGUGCAGUCCAAUCUCAAGAGACAUAGCAUGGGACAUUCUUAUACAUGUCAGACCUCCCCAACACAACCAAACCCACCAGAACAGAAACAUUUAUUCAAUGUAAACCGCAAAGCACAGGAUGUGAGUCAAAAGCAAGGCCUGCGGGACUGGAGAAUCAGCUCAUACCUUAGUGCAUAUGAUGAUGCAGGAGAGCUGGAUUUAGCUGAACUUGAAGGAUCCACUGCAUGUGAUGACAUUCCAUGUUUUACGCAAGAAGCUCCUUGUGGCCCCAUACGUCCUGAAAUUAGACUAGGAAAUAGAGAGUUUAACAGGAUACCUUCACCUAAGGAAAAUACCAUGUUUGCCAAAAUUCAGAAUAAUUCUAUUGUGCCUGACAGUUCAGUUAAUCAUCCAUAUAACUUAUCACAAAGAAAUAUCAAAACAACACCAGCAUCAACUUCAGAGUCUUCUUGCACCACUGAGGGUGACAAAGUGGAGGAGACACAGAAUAGAGAACAUAAAGAGACUAGCCGGAUAAGUGAAGAGUUCCUCAGGAGGAAACCCAACCAACAAGUCCAGAGGAGUUCCAGACUGAGACACUCGCUGAUAUUCAGUUCAAAUUUGGAUUUGCAUGCAUCAGAAGAGAUGAAAGAUACUGGUGAAGAAAAAGAUGGAGAUGAAGCUUCAAAACUUUCAGCUCGUGUGUCACAAAUCUUGGAUAAAAGGAGAACUGGUUCUCCAUUUCAACCAUUUCAGUGGAGCAGUUUGGCAAAGCCAGCCACAUUUGAUAACUCUGCCUCAGAGUCUGCACAGCCUGAGGAUAAACUGAACAAAAUGGGUGAAACUUCUGAUGUAGAUAAGGUUACAGUUCCUGGAACAAACAGCCAAAGAGAUGAAUCUAAUUUAUUGCAAAAGUCAUCUUCUUUCAUAGAUAUGAAUGACCCUGACUGUAGGCUGAGGUAUUUCAAAGAGUUAGCAGCCAAACGCAAACUUGCAGCAGCAAAGGCUUCUCAGAGCAAUCCUAUGAAAGCCACCCAAAAGUUUACUCUACCAGAGAAACCUUCAACUAUUGAUGCAGAUAAAGAAACAGGACAUGUUUUCAAGAUCCCAGAAACUCCACUCAAGUCAAAAAAUACCUCUGUCACAGAGAUUAAAGAAACCUAUAAAGACACCAAAUGUGAGGAAUCGAGUAAAGACAUCCUACAUAGAGCUACUGAUGCUGAAAAAAUUAGAUUUAAGAAACAACUUGCAGAAAUGUCUGGCUCAUCUUUAAAAAAUUUCAAGGGAGACAUUGAACAAGCACUAAAAGAAGAGUCUGCUGCGGUGGGGAAAAACGUUUCCCUGCACCCCUCUGCUACAGAAAGUGGAACUUCAAAAGACUUCCCUAUUACAACAGAAACGGACUCUUUCGAACGGCCAACUGCAGCAAAAGGUGAAUCAUCACAUCACUUCACCACAAUUAAAGGAGACUCUUCUCAACAUCAAAUGGAGACAGACCUUCCUCAAAAGUCUACUGCACUGGAGACAGAUUCUUCCCAGCAACCCACUGCAACAGCAACUGACUCUUCCCAGCAGCCCACUGCAACAGAGACAGACUCUUCCCAGGAGCCAACUGCAACAGAGACAGACUCUUCCCAGAAGCCCACUGCAACAGAGACAGACUCUUCCCAGCAGCCCACUGCAACAGAGACAGGCUCUUCCCAGCAGCCCACUGCAACAGAGACUGACUCUUCCCAGAAGCCCACUGCAACAGAGACAGACCCUUCCCAGCAGCCCACUGCAACAGAGAAUGAUUCUUCCCAGCAACCCACUGCAACAGAGACAGACUCUUCCCAGAAGCCCACUGCAACAGAAACAGGCUCUUCCCAGCAGCCCACUGCAAAAGAAACAGGCUCUUCCCAGCAGCCCACUGCAACAGAGACUGACUCUUCCCAGAAGCCCACUGCAACAGAGACAGACCCUUCCCAGCAGCCCACUGCAACAGAGAAUGAUUCUUCCCAGCAACCCACUGCAACAGAGACUGACUCUUCCCAGCAGCCCACUGCAACAGAGACUGACUCUUCCCAGCAGCCCACUGCAGCAGAGACAGGCUCUUCCCAGCAGCCCACUGCAACAGAGACAGACUCUUCCCAGCAGCCCACUGCAACAGAGACAGACUCUUCCCAGCAGCCCACUGCAACAGAGACAGACUCUUCCCAGCAGCCCACUGCAACAGAGACAGGCUCUUCCCAGCAGCCCACUGCAACAGAGAGAGACUCUUCCCAACAGCCCACUGCAACAGAGAGAGACUCUUCCCAGCAGCCCACUGCAAUAGAGACAGGCUCUUCCCAGCAGCCCACUGCAACAGAGAGAGACUCUUCCCAACAGCCCACUGCAACAGAAACAGGCUCUUCCCAGCAGCCCACUGCAAAAGAAACAGGCUCUUCCCAGCAGCCCACUGCAACAGAGACUGACUCUUCCCAGAAGCCCACUGCAACAGAGACAGACCCUUCCCAACAGCCCACUGCAACAGAGAGAGACUCUUCCCAGCAGCCCACUGCAAUAGAGACAGGCUCUUCCCAGCAGCCCACUGCAACAGAGACUGACUCUUCCCAGCAGCCCACUGCAGCAGAGACAGGCUCUUCCCAGCAGCCCACUGCAACAGAGACAGACUCUUCCCAGCAGCCCACUGCAACAGAGACAGACUCUUCCCAGCAGCCCACUGCAACAGAGACAGACUCUUCCCAGCAGCCCACUGCAACAGAGACAGGCUCUUCCCAGCAGCCCACUGCAACAGAGAGAGACUCUUCCCAACAGCCCACUGCAACAGAGAGAGACUCUUCCCAGCAGCCCACUGCAAUAGAGACAGGCUCUUCCCAGCAGCCCACUGCAACAGAGAGAGACUCUUCCCAACAGCCCACUGCAACAGAGACAGGCUCUUCCCAGAAGCCCACUGCAACAGCAACUGAUUCUUCCCAGCAGCCCACUGCUACACAGACAGACUCUUCCCAGCAGCCCACUGCAACAAAGACAGACUCUUCCCAACAGCCCACUGCAACAGAGACAGACUCUUCCCAGCAGCCCAUUGCAACAGAGACCAACUCUUCUGAACAGCCCACUGCAACAGAGAAUGACAAUUCCUGGGAGCCCAUUGCAGCAGACACAGACUCUUCCCAACAGCCCACUGCAAAAGAAACAGACCCUUCCCAGCAGCCCACUGCAACAGACAAAGACUCUUCCCAGCAGCCCACUGCAACAGUCACAGACUCCUCAGACACAGACUUUUCCCACCAGCCCAUUGCAACAGAGACAGAUUCUUCCCCUGAGCCCACUGCAGCAGUCAUAAACACUUACCAGAAAUCCACUUCAACAGUCACAGACUCUUUCCAGAAGAACACUGUAACAGCCACAAACUCUUUCCAGCAGUCUGUUCCAACAGAGACUGACUCGUCCCAGCACCUCAGUAUAACAGAAAGUGAGCUACCCCAAAAUCCCACCAAAAUGGAGACAGACACCUCCAAACAUCCUAUUGAAACAAAAAAUGAAUCCCUUCAAGGCAUCACUGCAAACAACAACCUUAGAGAUGACACUAAAGUUCUUUUAGAGCAAAUUUCAGCAAAGAACCAAAGCAGAUCUUCCCAGUCCAAGCAGACUCUUGAUGCACCCAACGAAGCCAAAAAGGGUGAGGCCUCAUGA